AUGGAAGCGUCUUUCAACGCCGUAGAGCUGCGCGAGAUCGGAAAGAAUGGAGGCGGCGCGCGAAACGCCGCCGCUCCGGUACCGACCUCAGCACCGUGGACAGCGACCAGGCCCGGGGCGGGGGGCGCCUGCCGCGGCUUCGACAACGCGUCAUACCAGCAGGAUGAGGGGCAACCCAGCGGACCACAGGGAGGACAGCCCGGUCGACCCUGCACCCUCGCAUUGAACCAAGGCGGCGAGGAGGAGGGGGGCGUGGAGCUGGCGGCGCGGGUCAGCGUGGAGGACCGGGCGGCCGACUACGGCUUUGUGCUGGCGCUGGUGUUCCUGCUGAGCGGCAUGGUGCUGGUGCUGGUGGCCUACAGCAUCCCCCGCGACGCCCACCUGCUCAACCGGCAGGCGGUGUCGGCGCGGCGCAUGGAGCGCCUGGAGGCCUACUACUCGGCGCUGGGCACCCACCUGGACCGCUGCAUCAUCGCGGGGCUGGGGCUUCUCACCCUCGGGGGCAUGCUGCUCUCGGUGCUGCUGAUGGCGUCCGUGUGCCACGGGGGGGCCGCGGGGCGGCGCCGGCGUGGGGGCAGGGGCGGGGGCUUCGUCGGGCCCAAGCGGACGUACGGUUCGGUGCACCUGCGGCUCACGCAGCUGGCGGCGGCGCCCGGCGGGGAGGGGCCGGUUGCCGCGACGACCGCGGUGACCACGACGACGACGACGGAGGGGAGUGGCUGCAACGCCGGGGUUGGACGGGAAGAGGGCAAGGCGGAUGUUUCCGUACCCGCUCGUGCUUGGCAGGGCGUGGUCUAG